GGUCAGUGGAGCUUCCUGUUUACUUGUGGAGUCCAGCAGCUGCGAUGGAGAUGGAAGCGUGGUACAUGGACAGCUCAGCCGAGGACCAGAGGAGGCCGCACCGACUGGAGCCGAACCAGCCCGCCUCACUGGGAGCGCUGGAGCAGCUCGGGGUGUUCCACAGGAAGUUGAAUGCUGAUAUCUACGAAACAGACCCAGAGCUGGAGCAGAUCCGCAAAGACCAGGGCUACAGCUACAUGGACAUCAUCACCAUUCACAAGGACACACUACCGGGCUAUGAGGACAAGCUGAAGAUGUUCUUCGAGGAGCACCUGCACCAGGACGAUGAGAUCCGCUACAUCCUGGACGGCCGGGCCUACUUUGACGUCAGGGACAAGGAGGACAGAUGGAUCCGAAUUUCUAUGAGCAAAGGAGACUUGAUCACUCUACCGGCAGGAAUCUACCACCGCUUCACCCUGGACGAGACCAACUACACUAAAGCCAUGCGGCUGUUUGUGGGGGAGCCUGUGUGGAAGGCGUACAACCGUCCAGCUGAUGACCUGGACAUCCGUUCGAAGUACAUGGCUUGUCUGCAGGGAUCCUGAGAGAGGAAGAUGCUGCACACGUUAUCAUCAUCGACAGACUGGAAUCCAUCCGGGUCUCUGAUUGGGUUCUACCAGGGCAAUGUACAGUGCCUUGCAUAAGUAUUCACCCCCCUUGGACUUUUUCCCAUUAUGUACUGUUACUAACUGGAAUUCAAAUAGACUUAAAUAAACUUUUUCCCGUUUGAUCAACAAAACAUGCAUAGUACUUUGGAGGUGCAAAAUAAAUGUUAUUGUGACACAAACAAUAAUGAGAACAAAAAAGUUGACAUCUGUUGGGUGCAUAAGUAUUCACCCCCCUGUGUCAAUACUUGGUAGAACCCCCUUUCGCUGCAAUUACAGCUGCAAGUCUUUUGGGGUAUGUCUCUAGCAGCUCUGCACAUCUAGAGAUGGAAAGGUUUGUCCAUUCUUCUUGGCAAAAAAGAUGAAGCUCAGUCAGAUUGGAUGGAGACCGUCUGUGAACCGCAAUCUUCAAGUCUUGCCAUAGAUUCUCUAUUGGAUUGAGGUCUGGGCUUUGACUGGGCCAUUUUAAGACAUUAACAUUCUUUAAUCCAAACCAUUCCUUUGUAGCUCUGGCUGUAUGUUUAGGGUCAUUGUCCUGCUGGAAGAUGAACCUCCGCCCCAGUCUCAAGUCUUUUGCAGACUGCAUCAGAUUUUCUUCAAGGAUUUCCCUGUAUUUGGCUCCAUCCAUCUUUCCCUCUAUUCUGACCAGUUUCCCUGUACCUGCUGAAGAGAAGCAUCCCCACAGCAUGAUGCUACCACCAACAUGUUUCACUGUUGGGAUGGUGUGCUCAGGGUGAUGGGCAGUGUUGGGUUUUCGCCACACAUAGCGUUUUGCAUUGAGGCCAAAAAGUUCAAUUUUGGUCUCAUCUGACCAGAGCACCUUCUUCCACAUGUUUGCUGUGUCUCCCACAUGGCUUCUGGCAAACUCCAAACGGGAUUUUUUAUGGAUCCCUUUCAACAAUGGCUUUCUUCUUGCCACUCUUCCAUAAAGGCCAGAUUUGUGGAGUAGACGACUAAUAGUUGUCCUGUGGACAGAUUCUCCCACCUCAGCUGUGGAUCUCUGCAACUCCUCCAGAGUAACCAUGGGCCUCCUGGUUGCUUCUCUGAUUAAUUUUCUCCUUGUCCGACUCUUCAGUUUGGGUGGACGGCCUCCUCUUGGUAGGUUUGCGGUUGUGCCAUAUUCUUUCCAUUUUCUUAUGAUCGAUUUUGUGGUGCUCAGAGAGAUGUUCAAAGCUCCGGAUAUUUUUUUAUAACCUAACCCUGCUUCAUAUUUCUCCACAACUUUAUCCCUGACCUGUUUGGUGAGCUCCUUGGUCUUCAUGAUGCUGUUUGUUCAGUAAUGAUCUCCAACAAACUCUGAGUCCGUCACAGAACAGGUGUAUUUAUACUGAGAUUAAAUUGCAGACAGGUGGACCCUAUUUACUAAUUAUGUGACUUGCAAAUGUGACUUGUGAAUGCAAUUGGUCGCACCAGAUCUUUGUUAGGGGUUUCACAGUAAAGGGGGUGAAUACAUAUGCACUCAACACUUUUCAGAUUUUUAUUUGUAAAUAAUUGUGAAAUCCAUGUAAUAUUUCCCCCCACUUCCACAUGAUGCACUAUUUUGUGUUGGUCCAUUACAUAAAGUCACGAUGAAAUAAAUUUUAAUCUGUGGUUAUACCAUGACAAAAUGUAGAAAAGUCCAAAGGGGGUGAAUACUUAUGCAAGGCACUGUAGCAGGUUUUCCAUCAGUAUGUUAAAGGAGAUUAAAACAGAAUGAUUAAGAUGUUUAUAUCGAGGCAAAUUAAACGAUGUAGCUUACAUUUAGACAGACUCAGUGGAAACCUGAAUAAUUACUUAAAUCCUCCCAGGACAGAACCCUUGGAGGAUGAAGGAAUAUAUUUAUGGAGAUGGAAUUUGUUAUGACCAGUUGCAUCAUGGAGAUGAUCAUUAAUAUCCCCAAAUCUGACCUAAAUCUGUGAACUGUGUCAUGCUUGUUGAUGAAGACAUUGAAGUGAGUUUGAGAGAAAUAAACAAAAUAAAUCUAAACCCAGACAAUCUCCAUAUCACCAGCUACUGUUAAAAUAGGUUUACAAUAAAUAGCAAUGUUUCACUCAGGAAGGGGCCGUUUGGCAAAUGAGCCCCUCUGUCUUUGAUACGUUCUUUAAACAUGUAGCUGGUGCUUUUAUAUUAUGUAGGUAUAAAGUAUUAUCUAUAUAUAAGUUCAGCUUUUUGGGUUAAGCUUUGAUUGCAGAGAUCUAAAAUGUGCUAAUUAGCACUAGUGCAAACUGACACUUAAUAUUGUUUUAUCAGAGAAUUAUGAGCAUCAGUGUAUAUAUUGUACGAUAUAAAAACCUUUAUUUCACCGAGAUACAGAAAAAAAAAUGGUAAAUGUGAAAUGGUGUAGUCAGAUCGUUUGUCCAGCAGAUGGUGCUCCGACUCCAUUGUUUACAGCACUGUCUGCAGUACAUGUAGCGUCACAGCAUUUCACAAUAAAUGACAUACUUAGUA